CGGGGGCGGAGCUACGGGCUGUUUCCGGCGCCAUUGUGGAACCUGGAGAUCCCGACCUCACACUGUACUACAUGCGGCUUAUUAUAUAGCGUCACACCUGAGAAUUACACGGUAGUAAAGAAGACAUCUAGUGAGUGUGAGGCACCCAGCAGCUGUCCCUGUGUAUCAGAGGGACUGAGCAGGACCCAGAGCCCCAUCACUGUGCCUCCACCUCACUCACUGAUACAUGAGAGGCACACUGACCAGAAGAUUCUGGAAUUCACCAACAAGAUCAUUCAGCUGCUGACUAGAGAGGAGGGGGAGUAUAUAGAGGAACACAGGGGUCUGUACAAGGACGUGAUGAUGGAGAAUCACCGGCCCCUCACAUCACUGGAUGGACCCAGUAACAGAGAUACCCCGGAGAGAUGUACCCGUCCUCCGUAUUCACAGGAUUGUACAGAGGAGAAUCGCAGGAUCCCACAGGAGGAUCAGGAAAAAGAUCUGCCUGAUAUUAAGGCAGAAGAUAUAGAGGGAGAAGAAGAGACGUAUGUGACUGAUAUAAAGGCAGAAGAUAAAGAGAAAGAAGAAGAGACGUAUGUGACUGAUAUGAAGGCAGAAGAUAAAGACGGAGAAGAAGAGACGUAUGUGACUGAUAUAAAGGCAGGAGAUAAAGAGGGAGAAGAAGAGACGUAUGUGACUGAUAUAAAGGCAGAAGAUAUAGAGGGAGAGGAAGAGACUUGUGUGACUGAUAUGAAGGCAGGAGAUACAGAAGGAGCAGAAGAGACGUAUGUGACUGAUGUGAGGGCAGAAGUUACAGAGGGAGCAGAAGAGACGUAUGUGACUGAUAUGAAGGCAGAAGAAGAGACGUAUGUAACUGAUAUGAAGGCAGAAGAUAAAGAGGGAGAAGAAGAGACGUAUGUGACUGAUGUGAGGGCAGCAGUUACAGAGGGAGAAGAAGAGAUGUUUGUGACUGAUAUAAAGGCAGAAGAUAUACAGGAAGAAGAAGAGACGUAUGUGAGUGGUGAUCAGCAGUGUAAGGAGGAGGAAAUCCCUACAGAUAUCAGCACAGCAGACGGAUGCACAAGCAAGGAUCCUUCGGAGGGACAUCUCGUUUUGUCUACAGGUUUUAAAAUAGAAGAUUACAUCACACAAGAUUCCUCAGACGGAAACCCCGUUACCCUAAAAAUACAUCCAGUAUUUAUUAAUGCAGAUAAAUUAGCUGAGUCCUCUAAUCAUAUAGAAUCGGUUAUUGCUACACAUAGUACAACUGAUACAAGUGAUACAGUCUUUUCAUGUUCAGAGUGUGGUAAAAGUAAGUACGUUUUACAUAGAAGUCACACAGGUGAAAUAACAUUUUCAUGUUCUGAGUGUGGGAAAUGUUUUACACAGGAAUCGCAUUUUGUUCUAUAUGAGAGAAGUGACACAUGUGAGAAACCAUUUUCAUGUUCUGAGUGUGGGAAAUGUUUUAAAAACAACAAAAGUCUAAUUAAGCAUCAGAGAAUUCACACAGGUGAAAAGCCAUUUUCAUGUGGUGAGUGUGGGAAAUGUUUCAUAAAGAGAUCACAUCUUGUUAGACAUGAGAGAAGUCACACAGGUGACAAACCAUUUCAGUGUUCUGUAUGUGGGAAAUGUUUUAAACACAAAGAUGGUCUUGUUAUUCAUGAGAGAACUCACGCAGCUAAAAAAACAUUUUCAUGCUCUAAAUGUGGAAAAUGUUUCUUUAAAAAAACAUCUCUUGUUAGACAUCUGGUACACCACACAGAUGAGAAGCAAUUUCCAUGUGGUGAGUGUGGAAAAUGUUUUAAAAAGAGCAAAAGUCUAAUUAGGCAUCAGAGAACGCACACUGGUGACAAACCAUUUAAGUGUUCUGAGUGUGGGAAAUGUUUUACAGAGAAAUCAGAUCUUGUUACACAUCAGAAAAUUCACACAGGUGAGAAGCCAUUUCCAUGUGGUGAGUGUGGGAAAUGUUUCAUAAAGAAAUCACAUCUUGUUAGACAUGAGGUAAGUCACACAGGUGACAAACCAUUUCAGUGUUCUGUGUGUGGGAAAUAUUUUAAACGCAAAGAAGGACUUGUUAUACAUGAGAGAACUCACACAUCUGUGAAACCAUUUUCAUGCUCUGAAUGUGGGAAAUGUUUUACAAUUAAACCAGAUCUUAUUAGACAUCAAAGAUAUCAUACCAAUGGGAAACCAUUUCCAUGUGGUGAGUGUGGGAAAUGUUUCAUUAAGAAAACACAUCUUAUUAGACAUGGGUUAAGUCACACAGGUGAGAAGCCAUUUCCUUGUUCUGUGUGUGGGAAAGGUUUUACACAGAAAUCAAAUCUUGUUGACCAUCAGAGAAGUCACACAGGUGAGAAGUUAUUUCCAUGUUCUGAGUGUGGGAAAUGUUUUCCAAAAAAAUCAGCUCUUGUUUCACAUCAGAAUAUUCACACAGGUGAGAAACCAUUUCCAUGCUCUGAGUGUGCGAAAUGUUUCCGAACUAAAACACAUCUUGUAAGACAUAAGAGAAUUCACUCAGGGGAGAAGCCAUUUCUGUGCUCUGAGUGUGGGAAUGUGUUUGCACGUAAAUCAAGUCUAGUUGAACAUCAGUUAAGUCACACAUGUGAGAAGCCCUUUCCAUGCUCUGAGUGUGGUAAAUUUUUUACUUGGAAAAAACAUCUCGUUAGACAUCAGAGAAGUCACACAGGUGAGAAACCAUUUCCAUGCUCUGAGUGUGGGAAAUGUUUUACACAGAAAUCAACUCUUGUUGCACAUGAGAGAUGUCACACAGGUGAGAGGCCCUUUCCAUGUUCUGAGUGUGGUAAAUGGUUUAUACAGAAAUCAGCUUUGAUUAAACAUCAGAGAAGUCACACAGGUGAGAAGCCAUUUUCAUGCACUGAAUGUGGGAAAUAUUUUACACGGAAACAACAUCUUAUUAUACAUCAGAGAAGUCACACAGGUGAGAAACCAUUUCCAUGCUCUGAGUGUGGGAAAUGUUUUACACGGAAACAACAUCUUGUUCUACAUCAGAGAAUCCACACAGGUGAGAAGCCUUUUCCAUGCUCUGAGUGUGGGAAAUGUUUUGCACAAAAAUCAGAUCUUGUUAAACAUCAGAGAAGUCACACAGGUGAGAAGCCAUUUCAGUGUACUGAGUGUGGGAAAUGUUUUACAUAUAAAUCACUUCUUCUUAAACAUCAGAUAAUGCACACAGGGGAAAAUACAUCUCCGUAAGCUUAUAGAUACGAGACGAAGCUGCAGUAAUAUUUUACAUAAUGUAAAAGCCAGUUCUGUUAUUCAUGAACAUUAUAAAUUAAGGCAUAAAUACAUUUCUCUGACGUCCUAGUGGAUGCUGGGAA